AUGCCAACGAAGCAAGAAUGAUAUGGCAUUGGCACAGUGAAUGCGAUCACGGAUGGGAAUCUACUGGAGAAGCUGCGAGUGUCACGGUUGCCGUCGAUAGUGGUCGUUGUGGAGGGGAGGGUGAUACACUACCGAGGGAGUAUGCACCCACUCUCGGCCAAAUCACUGAGGGUAUUCGCUCGUGACGUUAUACCGAAUACGUUCCUCUUCAAGUUGUCAAAUCACGACGGUUUGCGACGAUUCGUCGAUCAGUGGAGAUACUACAAUAAG